GGGUUAAAUACGGCUGGGAGACAUCUUGACUCCUUGUUUGAGAAGACUUUCGUAGUCAGUUAGACCAGUUAGUAGAAAUACCGCAAACGGAACCAAUUUUUUCCCACUUAUUCAAGGCUUGGACAGAUUCGGAAGGACGCAGCUCUGUUGAACAAACAGGAUGGCUAGCUGAAGAGUUGGCCAGCGUUUAAAAAGCUCUCAAGCCUUCCCGGUGUGCUGAAUUCCUUAAAAAAAACUCCGAGAAGCCCUAGUUUAAUUUCCAUGCUCACAAGGCGUUGUAAAAAUCAAAAACAAUUUAUUUCUUGACACUUCAUGUUCCAGUGAUUUGGUUUAGGCUAUUUGUUUUGGUGACUAUAUUUAAGUUUAAAGGAGCGAGGGAAAUCUUCAGACGUGGCUGAUCCCAGCUGAGACCUUAUUUGGAGACUGUUUCAAGGUUUCAUUGCAUUUGGAAGAACUGCAACGACAAAUAAGUAGACAUGAGCACCACCAGGACGGAGAACUCUGUCAUUUUGGGCUUGUCCAACCAGAAUGGACAGCUGAGAGGUUCAGUGAAACCUGCGGGAGCCCCAGGUGGAGGUGGAGGAGGCCCCCAGCAGCAGCUGAACCAGAUGAAAGGCACAAUCAACGGGAAUGCCCAGCCAGCACCUACAACAAAUGCAGUCAUCAAGCCAGGAGAUGACUGGAAGAAAAGUUUGAAAUUGCCCCCAAAAGACAUGAGGAUUAAAACUUCGGAUGUGACUGCAACUAAAGGCAACGAGUUUGAAGAUUAUUGCUUAAAGAGGGAGCUGCUCAUGGGAAUCUUUGAGAUGGGCUGGGAAAAGCCAUCUCCAAUUCAGGAGGAAAGCAUCCCCAUUGCUCUGUCAGGGAGGGAUAUUUUGGCCAGAGCAAAGAACGGCACGGGAAAGAGUGGAGCCUACCUCAUUCCAUUACUGGAACGCAUUGACCUGAAGAGGAGUUGUUUACAAGCUUUGGUCAUUGUGCCCACCAGAGAACUGGCUCUACAAGUCAGCCAAAUCUGUAUCCAGGUCAGCAAACACAUGGGUGGGGUGAAGGUGAUGGCGACCACUGGUGGAACCAACCUCCGCGAUGACAUCAUGAGACUCGAUGAAACGGUACACGUGGUUAUUGCCACUCCUGGGAGGAUUUUGGACCUCAUCAAGAAAGGAGUAGCCAAAGUCAAUCAAGUGCAGAUGAUCGUUUUGGAUGAAGCUGACAAGCUCCUGUCUCAGGACUUUGUGGUUAUGAUGGAGGAGAUGCUGGGCUUCCUGCCCAAACAGAGGCAGAUCUUACUUUAUUCUGCCACAUUUCCUCUCAGCGUCCAGAAGUUUAUGAAUGCACACUUACAGAAACCUUAUGAGAUCAACCUGAUGGAGGAGCUGACGCUGAAGGGUGUGACUCAGUAUUAUGCUUACGUAACUGAAAGGCAGAAAGUCCAUUGCCUCAACACCUUGUUUUCCAGACUCCAGAUCAACCAGUCGAUCAUCUUCUGCAACUCCUCCCAGAGAGUAGAGCUUCUUGCCAAGAAGAUCUCCCAGCUUGGUUAUUCAUGUUUCUACAUUCAUGCCAAGAUGAGACAGGAACAUCGCAACCGUGUGUUCCACGACUUCAGAAACGGCCUCUGCCGGAAUCUCGUCUGCACUGACCUCUUCACACGAGGAAUCGACAUUCAAGCUGUGAAUGUUGUGAUCAACUUUGAUUUUCCCAAGCUGGGAGAGACGUACCUUCAUCGCAUCGGUAGAUCCGGACGUUUUGGACACCUGGGUCUGGCAAUCAACCUCAUCACGUACGACGAUCGCUUCAACCUUAAAGGAAUCGAGGAGCAGCUCGGGACGGAGAUCAAACCCAUCCCCGGCAUCAUCGAUAAGAGUCUGUACGUGGCCGAGUACCACAGCGAGAGCGGAGAGGACGUCAAACAGUGAGCCAACCGGUCUACUCCACUCCCCCGUCAGUUCCCCUUUCAACCCCACUUGGAUAUUUUCCCCUCCACUUUUUAUUUUUUUUGUGUACAGUUUCUUUCAGUCUUCCUUUUGUUGGACGCCACCAUAGAAACUUUUUUUUUCUUUCCCGAUGGAAGCUUUUUGGAAGAACUCAUUUGCCUUAUUUAAAGGCGUUUUCUCGCUGCACCGCAACGUACUGAAGACACGAGCACCGGGAGGAACGCGAGGGACAACGUCGAGAGGAAUCGGCGCCACGAGACUUCAUUUCCUCGGCUGACACUGAGCCAGCGCCAACGGACCCACAGACCCCCACGCCCUCCAUUCUCCACGUUUUAUUUUGAAAGUUUUAACCACUUCAUAUAAAGUGCCUUAACAAGCAGUUCAACUCGUUCUAAAGUAAUAACCCCUCAUUAGUCACUGGUAUCUCACCCCACAUCACACGUUCACCUGAUCGAGGAAUUGUUACAGUAAUUUAAUGUCUGAGCAGAAAGGUGAAUCCAUAACUUGUUUGGGUCGAUUCAUCCGUUUGUGAGGGAAUGGAGAAGGGGGAGGAAUGGAGGGAAGCUGAGUUUAUUCUGCUGGCGUCCUGCAACUGAAGUCUGAACGACAGAAACUUUGAGUUUUCAGCGGGCAGAGACUGGAAAAUGUUUUUUUGUUCUCUAAGAGACGCCCAGACUGUCCGGACGCUGGAGGAGAAGCUCGUGCUUCUCAAAGACCCUGAAGCUUUCCUCCGUCUUCAACGUCUAAACACUAAACGUCAAAAAGCGGCCUGGCAACACCGUGAGGAUUCCUGCUUCAGUGGAGCUUGUUUGGAGAGUUUUCUUUUCUUGUCCUGAGUUUCACCCUCCUAUGGAUGGCCAUACUUGUGCAAACCAACACAUGGGGUGCAGCGUCUGUAUAUACCUUCAUUUUAAGAUUGUUUUAAAAAAAAAAAAGGUGAAAGUCUGGCCGACAAACUGGAAAGCUGCCGACUCUUUUCUCUCUCGUUAGCACUGAGGAGCUCCUCCUUUACUGCCAGUUUGUUGAUUCUGCAAAAUUGGCCUGUGAAUUUAUUUAUAAUUUUAGAGAUUUGCAAAAGCAUUCAGCAUGACUUUGUUCAUGAAAUGUUUUUGGAGGCGAUUAUCAGUAAUUAUUAUUUUUUUUUAACUCUCCAAAUUUGACGGCGAGUGCAAUUCUAUAACGCAGAGAAAACCCCCCACGCUCGGCGUUUCCGUGAUUCUCCUGCCACCAGUGUUAACGAGCUUCGAGUCCAGACAGAUCGCUCUCCGAGCUCACACAUUUUGAAUUAAUGAAGUCUUGACCAGCCCUCACCUGUGAAGCUCGCUGCUGGUAGAUGUAAAGAAACUAAUCUGUCUUCUAGUCAUACUUCUUGCUGCAGUGCAGCUCAUUUGGCUGUUUUGUUUUCUUGAGAAGGAGGGGGGAGGGUAUUCGCUGUUACGUUGAAUUUAUGCCAUUAAGCACCUGCAUGAAUUCCUAUCUUUGGGCAGAAGCUGUUUUUAGUCUGCCCCCCCUCCCCUAAAUCUCCUUGUUGAAGAGUCGGCCAAAAAAAAAAAACCCAAUCAGACCGAAUCUAAAAAAUGUAGCAGGGCUUCAUUCUUUGUGCUGCGAGUUAGCCGGCUCUUGGUAAAAGUUGCAAAAAAGAAAAAUUACCCGAGAAGGUUGGGUUGCACUUAAAACGCAGAGUGGACUGCUUUUUUUUGUACAUUCAUGAAUCCCAGGUGGGAGAAAAGUGUGCCGUGGUGCAGAACCUUUGUUCUGGGGUGGGGGGUGGGGGCGAGGCAGAUUCAAGACUCGGGAUUGUUGCGACAUGACCCGGGCGUCGCUCACGGCCUCUUUCUGCCCGCUGUCGCUUUGAAUUGUGGGGAUUGUAGUUUUGUUUGCAUUCGUGUGCAACGUGAAAACCUUUAUCUGCAUCGAGGUUCUCUGAACGUUCUCAACCUUCGGCUCGGACCUCGGCGCCGAUUGGGUUCCCUCCUUAUUUUAUGGUGAGAUGCUCUAAACUGUUCUAAUCAACGAGAAGAACUCCAAAACAAAAACAAACGAUGAAUGAAAACCCGUGCUUCUCGUUGGUUGGAGCUCUGACCCCUGUUCCUUCGGUUCUCUUGUCCCAGAAGCAGCCGCACUUUUGAUUUGAGAAUUCGGCUUAUUUUCCGGUGGGUGGGAUAUUUAACAAACUUAAAAAACCUAAACUAAAGCGGCACCGAGGGAACGGGGGUCUCAUCGUUCAGACACUUGGCAGCUGUCUGUUUCCGUGUCGACCCUCUGGCAGUAAUCGUCACAACCUUCACGCUCGAAGCUAAAAAUGUCGAUUCUUUUUUAAGACUCGCUGUUCGGCUUCUUGUUGGGUUGCAGCUUUACUGCCGGAGGCCGUCGCUACCGAACCGUAAAGACUGAGACAAGAGCAUCUUGUCCUGAUUGGGUGACUAAUUGAGCAAUUUUCCAAACCAAAUUGUCUCAUUCUUUAAGGUCUUUUUAAUGAAAUAAAGUUGGGUGGGUAAUUUGGUCCGCUUGCUGCCCUGAUGCUUUUGUUUAUCUUGACGAAUGCGACGCAACAGUUCGAGUGAAAACUGGCCCUCCCGUCACACUCCUGUCAAGAUAACGAGUCCUUUUUAGGAUUUCUUUCAAAAACAUCAGAAGAAACGAAAGGGGGGAGGGACGAGAGGGCACUUUAAAAGAAAACAUCCAAAGUUUUGGGAACGGGUCUGAGAAUAUCAGAAAGUUGCCCUCGGAUUUAUUUUGUUUUCAAACGAAGCGUUCAGACUGAGAACUGCGUAACUCGGAUUUAAUCUCCAAAUUUAAGUGAAUUCAAAGUUUGUGUUUUAUUUAAUUUGAUUCUACGAUUGGCAGAGUUUUCAGUGACACAAAUUUUAUGAGCAAGUUCAGACGUCCUUGGACAUGAUUGGAUUCAAAAGUUUUGUUUGGGUAAAUAAAGCUCACUGAAA